GUAUAUAAAGGCGGGCGGGUGAGCCGCCAGGCCUCACUCCUCAGUCACCGCUCUUGUGCCCAGGUCACCUUCCUCGCUCCCACAAUGGCUCCCAUCGCUGGCAAGUACGUCCUCGAGUCCUCGGAGAACUUCGACGAGUUCAUGAAGGCUCUCGGUGUGGGCAUGAUGCUGAGGAAGCUGGGUCAGACGAGCAAGCCGACGGUGGAGCUGAUAGACAACAACGGGGAGUGGAACCUCAAGACGACCACCACCUUGAAGACCACUGAACUCAAGUUCAAGCUCGGCCAGGAGGUCGACGAGUCCACUUUCGAUGGCCGAGAUUGUAAGACGGUGUUCACGCUGGAAGGAGACAAGCUGAUCCAGGUGCAGAAUGCCACCAAGGGCAAGAGUGCUAAGUACACAAGGGAGUUCACCGACUCACAGAUGAUCAUGCUGUCAGAGUGUGAUGGUGUGGUGUCGAAGCGUAUCUACAAGCGCCAGUAAUAGAAGCAACAGUGACAGCAGUAACAGGUGAUGCGAUGGCAGCAGAAGUAAACUCUGUAGCCACAACAGCACCACUACCAAACAUCCGUCAUCUUUCUCUUCCUCGUCUGUAUGCAUUAAAACGCACCAGCAACCCACCACUUGCGACCAGUCUCGUUACCAAGAUCUCCUUCCAUGUCUGUCAUGACUGUUCAUAAAUAUUUACAAACAGUUUGAUACAAGUACUGAGCCAGUGAUAAACAUCUUUAUUUUUAGUCCCUACUGACAACCCAAAGCAUGUGUGAUACACUUCCACAAGUCUCUACUCGAGACCCAUUUUUAACAAUUACGGAUAAAAAUUUAAAUAUAAUUUACCGGUACAGUUUGAGCCUCAUUACAACAGUAUGAAUCAACAUAGUAUAAAACGGGGACAGCCUCAUUGUCAUUACAUGUACCACUCAUGGUAAACAUUAAGCUCAAAUAUGCUAGUUUUUGUUUAUGUAUUUUACACAAUAAAUCAAGAUUAAGAAAAUUUGAUAUUUGUA